GUAGAAAUACGUCAAAAGGAAAACAUAAGAGUGGGCAUUGAGGUGAAAAAACUUUCGAACCAGUGUUUUCAUACACUUUUCACGUAUUUUCACAUCACAUUCCUCAGAGAAAAUCAUGCUAGAGAGAUUAGUGACUGAGUUUAGUGUGUGAAAUUGGCAGUGUAGUGAUUUUUCACGCGAGAACAGCCCGCAAAAGCUACAAAGAUUGACACCGUGUGGGGGUGGGCGAGCGCCCCACUGCGCUUGGCGGCGAACAGGAUGAGUGACGCACUGCUGGGGGAGCGCGCCCCCUCGCCAGCACGUCUGGCACACACAUCAGACAAGCAUCCGCGCGGUACUCUGGCGGAGCUCAAUGUCCUACGGCGCCAUCAUGAGUUGUGCGACGUAAUCUUGAAUGUUGGCGGACGCAAGAUCUUCGCCCAUCGUGUCAUUCUGUCCGCCUGCAGCCCGUACUUCCGCGCCAUGUUCACAGGUGAACUGGAGGAGUCACGCCAGACGGAGGUGACGAUUCGGGACAUUGAUGAGAACGCUAUGGAGUUGCUGAUUGACUUCUGCUACACAUCACACAUCGUGGUGGAGGAGUCAAAUGUGCAGACCCUCUUGCCGGCCGCGUGUCUGCUGCAGUUGGCCGAGAUCCAGGACAUCUGCUGUGAGUUCCUCAAGCGUCAACUGGAUCCCACCAACUGUCUGGGCAUUCGCGCCUUUGCCGAUACACACUCGUGUCGUGAAUUGUUGCGCAUAGCCGACAAGUUCACGCAGCACAACUUCCAGGAGGUGAUGGAAAGCGAGGAGUUCCUGCUAUUGCCCGUGGGUCAGCUGGUGGACAUCAUCUGCAGCGAUGAGCUGAAUGUGCGCUCCGAGGAACAGGUGUUCAACGCGGUGAUGGCAUGGCUGAAGUACAACGUCGCCGAUCGACGCCAGCAUCUCGCGCAGGUGCUGCAGCAUGUGCGCCUGCCGCUGCUCAGUCCCAAGUUCCUCGUCGGCACCGUGGGCUCCGAUCUGCUGGUACGCUCCGACGAGGCAUGCCGCGACCUCGUGGAUGAGGCCAAGAACUACCUGCUGCUGCCGCAGGAGCGGCCGCUUAUGCAGGGUCCACGCACACGGCCCAGAAAGCCCACGCGACGCGGUGAGGUGCUCUUUGCCGUUGGCGGAUGGUGCUCAGGUGAUGCCAUUGCGAGCGUGGAGAAAUUUGAUCCACAGACGAACGACUGGAAGAUGGUGGCGCCCAUGAGUAAACGGCGCUGCGGCGUCGGCGUGGCUGUGCUCAAUGAUCUGCUGUACGCCGUCGGCGGCCACGAUGGUCAGAGCUACCUGAACAGCAUUGAGCGCUACGAUCCGCAGACUAACCAGUGGUCAUGCGACGUGGCGCCGACGACUAGCUGUCGCACCAGCGUCGGCGUUGCAGUGCUGGAUGGCUUCCUGUACGCUGUGGGUGGGCAGGAUGGUGUGCAGUGUCUAAAUCAUGUGGAGCGCUACGAUCCGAAGGAGAACAAAUGGGCCAAGGUGGCUCCCAUGACGACACGACGACUGGGUGUGGCAGUGGCUGUGCUGGGCGGCUAUCUGUACGCCAUCGGCGGCAGCGACGGUCAGUGUCCACUCAACACGGUGGAGCGCUUCGAUCCGCGACAAAAUAAGUGGUGCGCCGUGAGCCCCAUGUCUACACGGCGCAAGCACCUGGGCUGCGCCGUGUUCAAUAACUACAUCUAUGCAGUGGGUGGCCGCGAUGACUGCAUGGAGCUGUCGUCGGCGGAGCGCUACAAUCCGCACACCAAUACGUGGAGCCCGAUUGUGGCUAUGACGUCGCGCCGCAGCGGCGUCGGCCUAGCCGUUGUCAAUGGACAAUUGUACGCCGUGGGCGGCUUCGACGGCACGGCAUACCUCAAGACCAUCGAGGUGUAUGAUCCUGAGACGAAUCAGUGGCGUCUGUGUGGCUACAUGAACUAUCGACGCCUAGGCGGCGGUGUGGGAGUCAUGCGCGCUCCGCAAACGGAGAACUACAUGUGGGUGCGAAAGGAUUCAGUAGUGUAGUGAUCAGCGCUGGAAGCUUAAAUUAUUAUUUAUUUGUCCUUGUCAAAGAAGUGUGUAGCUCAGAAAAUCUCGUAAUUAUGCAGUAUAUUUAACGGAAUAUGUCUUAAAGUAAUUCUCUAUAACUACAAAACCAUAUUUGCAAUUUGCCUAUCGAUUUAACAUUUCAUCACACGCGCACUGCGUAAUCAGCCAACAUUACAACUGCAACUUAAAAAAAUUUUCAGAGAGAUUGUUUGCUGAGGAAAAAAAUGGAGAGGAAAAGUGUAGAGAUAGUUUAGGAUUCCAUCUAAAAGACGCUUCAAAAGAACCUUUCUUGUGAAACUGUGGGAAUAUUUCUAAGUGAUUGCUGUAGGA